UUACAGUUAGUUUUACUGGAUAGGAGCGGCAUUAGCACAGUAAAUACGGUGACUUUGAUGUAUGUUGUGAAGCACUCCCCUUUUUGAGACGGCACCAUUUAAUAGCGUCCUUCUUGUAACAGGACUGGCAAGAGUGAGGGGAGCGAAGCAGUGCGAUUCAGAGAGGCAGCAGCAGGCACAGCACAGCACAGCACAGCACAUGUAGCCACUUCAACUGCCACAAACUCCUCAGCAAGUUUUAACUCUGGAUUGUGGUUGUAUUGUAUUUCAAUAACUAUAUCUACGUUUGGGAAGUUGGAGUAUUUACUCGGGCUAUCCAAUGCACCCAGGAAAGGAGUAAAGUGAGUUGGGAAAGACCAUUGCCAGGCAUGCCAUGGCUCCAGUCAAGAGCAAUUGGUUCUGGACACUUCUGGUUGGCUUUCAGGCUCUCUUUGAGGUGAUUGGAGGAGUUUGGAGUGGUGGGCCAUCUGCUUCAGUGGAUCAUCUGGACUGUCAGCGAGCAGAGCACCCUCUUGUAACUCACAGAGACAUUGCGCCUUGGCUACACACAUUUAAAGCUGCAAAUGUAAUAGACUACUCUCAGAUUACCUUUGACCCCACUCAAAAAGAGCUAAUCGUCGGUGCAAAGAAUGACCUCUUCAGACUAAAACAGGAGGAUCUGACUUUAAUCCAGAAGGUGGAAUGGACCUCGGAUGAGAUGACAAAACAAAUCUGCUUCAGUAAAGGAAAAACUGAGGAAGAAUGUCAAAAUUACAUUCGGGUCCUCCUUGUCAACAAGAACACCAUCUUUACCUGUGGAACAAAUGCAUUUACUCCUGUAUGCACCAAUAGAACGCUGUAUAAUCUAACAGUAGUCCAUGAUCGCAUCAGUGGUAUGGCCCGGUGUCCAUACAAUCCACAACACAAUUCCACUGCGUUGAUUACAUCUACAGGAGAACUCUAUGCUGCCACGGCAAUGGACUUCCCAGGGAGAGAUCAUGCCAUUUACCGCAGUCUGGGAGGCCUUCCUCCACUACGCACUGCUCAGUACAACUCAAAGUGGCUAAAUGAGCCAAAUUUUGUGUCAUCCUAUGAUAUUGGAAACUUCACCUAUUUCUUUUUUCGGGAAAAUGCAGUGGAGCAUGACUGUGGUGAAGCUAUUUUCUCCAGAGUAGCCAGAGUAUGUAAAAAUGACAUUGGAGGGAGAUUUCUCUUAGAAGGCACCUGGACAACGUUCAUGAAAGCUCGACUGAACUGUUCUCGACCUGGUGAAAUUCCAUUUUAUUACAACGAGCUCCUAGGAACAUUCUUCUUGCCUGAGCAAGACAUUCUUUAUGGAAUCUUCACUACAAAUGUGAACAGUAUCGCGGCUUCAGCUGUCUGCAUGUUUAAUCUGAGUGCUAUUACUCAAGUUUUUACGGGGCCAUUCAAAUACCAGGAGAAUUCCCGUUCAGCCUGGCUACCUUUCACAAAUCCUAAUCCAGAUUUUCAGUGUGGCACUAUCGAUUAUGGUCCUUACAUGAAUCUCACUGAGAGGAACCUCCAGGAUGCUCAAAGAUUUAUACUAAUGAACGAAGUGGUGCAGCCAAUUUUUCCAGUCCCUUUCUUCAUGGAAGACAAUAGUCGAUUUUCCCACAUAGUGGUGGAUGUUGUGCAGGGAAAGGAUAUGCUCUUCCAUGUUAUGUACUUGGCUACAGACUAUGGAACCAUCAAGAAAGUUCUCAUCCCUGUGAAUGAAAGCGAGAGUGGCUGUUUGUUGGAAGAAAUAGAACUUUUCCCAGCUGAUCAGCGUGAGCCCAUAAGGAACCUCCAAAUCUUACACAGUCAAAGCGUUCUGUUUGUUGGCCUGCGGGAACAUGUGAUAAGAAUCCCCCUCAAACGCUGUACCUUCUACAGAAGUCAGAGUUCAUGUGUGGGAGCUCAAGACCCCUACUGCGGCUGGGACUUAGUUCUGAAGAAAUGUACAACAUUAGAAGAGAGUAUGAGUAUGAGCCAGUGGGAACAAAACAUCAGCUCAUGUCCAAUAAGAAACGUGACAAUGAAUGGUGCUUUUGGAUCCUGGUCACCAUGGAGACGCUGCAAACAAACGGAUGGCAAUGUAAAUGGCGUGUGCAUCUGUAGAUCUCGUUCAUGUGAUAGUCCAGCUCCACAGUGCGGAGGGCAACAGUGUGAUGGUCCCAGUAUGGAGGUUGCAAACUGUUCCAGGAAUGGUGGUUGGAUUCCUUGGACUUUGUGGUCUCCUUGCAGUACAAGUUGUGGGAUUGGAUUCCAGGUCCGACAGCGGUUUUGCAGCAACCCGACUCCUCGACAUGGAGGGCGCGUCUGUGUGGGACAAAACCGUGAAGAGCGGUAUUGCAAUGAGCAUCUGCAGUGUCCUCCAUACACAUUCUGGACACCUUGGGGUCCAUGGGAACGUUGCACUGCACAAUGUGGAGGAGGGGUUCAGGCUCGGAGAAGAACGUGUCAGAAUGGUGACGACUGUCCGGGUUGCAACAUGGAAUAUCAAGUUUGUAAUACUAACCUAUGUCCAGAACUGAAGAAGACCACCCCUUGGACCCCCUGGACACCUGUUAACAUCUCAGACAAUGGAGGUCAUUAUGAGCAGAGGUUUAGGUACACGUGCAAGGCACGCUUGGCUGACCCAAACUUGUUAGAUGUUGGCCGUCAAAGGAUAGAGAUGCGCUACUGUUCCAGCGAUGGAUCAACAGGAUGCUCUGCAGGGGGGUUUUCUGGAAGCAUCUUACGGUAUGGCAGAUUUUCUGCUUACGCAGUUAAUGGGGCUUGGUCUGCCUGGCUGCCAUGGACACAGUGUAGCAGAGACUGCAGCCGAGGAAUUCGAAGCCAUAAACGAAUGUGCAAUAAUCCCGAGCCAAGGAAUGGAGGACUUCCCUGUCUAGGACAAUCGAUGGAAUACCAGGAGUGUAAUAUCAUGCCCUGUCCAGUGGAUGGUGGCUGGUCCUGUUGGGCAUCUUGGUCCAAGUGCUCAGUUACCUGUGGAGGUGGACAUUACAUGAGGACUCGGUCCUGCAACAAUCCUGCAUCUGCCUAUGGCGGAGACAUCUGUCUGGGUCUGCACACAGAAGAAGCGUUGUGCAACACACAUCCUUGUCCAGAUAACUGGUCAGAGUGGUCAGCAUGGUCAGAGUGUGAAGGGCCAGGUUCACAACAACGUAUUCGUCACUGUAAAAUAUUAUUUCCAGUGGGUUUCCAGUGUUCGGAGAACAGCAGUGAGAGCCGAGCCUGCGCUUAUGAUUCCAAUCUCAUUCCAGAAGUAUACAUUGCUAAGUCUAGUUCAGCAGAGAGAAGAUGUGGUGAAUUCAACAUGUUCCAUAUGAUUGCUGUGGGACUCAGUUGUUCCAUCUUAGGCUGUCUCCUAACAUUACUCGUAUAUACUUACUGUCAACGAUAUCAACGGCAGUCCCAUGAUGCCACUGUUAUCCAUCCAAUUUCUGCAGUUCUCCUCAACACCAGCAUCACAAACCACGUCAAUAAACUCGAUAAAUACGAUUCUGUGGAAGCCAUUAAGGCCUUCAACAAAAAUAACUUGAUCCUUGAAGAAAGAAAGAAAUACUUCAACCCACAGAUACAUCCAAAGUCUUUCUCCAACACAUAUUUCACAGACCUAAAUAUGUAUGAUGACUAUUAGAGCGAACAAAAUCUCAUGUUAGACUGGAUUACAAAUUUAAGAUCCACCUUUUUGAAUCUGGACUGAAGAUGAGAUCGAUAUUUCCAUUCUUGCCUUUUGCUCAUCUGUAAUGUUAGCACCAGAAAUGAUCCAGAGGAUGGAGAAUUCUCAGCCAAAUUGGAACUAACCCGUUCUGUUCAGCAGUGGUAGAAGUGAAGAUGAAAAUGACUAUUAUAAAGUAAGUGAACCAAUGCAAACAGUGCCUGUGAACACAACAUUGAUAGUUGAUGAACUAUGUGUUUCACCAAGUCCAAUGAUGUGGCAGCAAGAACCAGAAUUAAUUCAUUGAGUUUUUGGAAGAAAGUUGUAACAAAUGGAACAAGUUUCUGUGGUGCUCAUAUGGGAUUGUGGCAGUCUGCUUUAUAAUACUAGGAAUGAUUAAUUGUGUUCAAUGUUGCCCACUUCAUGCCAUUCCAAAGGCCCAGCCAGCUGCAACUUGUCGAUCAAAGUUUAUUCUUAUUCAAUUUUUCCAAAUUAGUGAAAAAGCUGAUCCUAAAUGUGGCUGUGUUGCUCUUUAAUUUCUAUGGUCUCAUUACUGACCAGUUUAAUUUGAAUGUUUGAGAAUGCAGACAAUCAUGAAAAUAUUUUCCAUGUAAACCUCAAACAAUUGUAAAUAACUGACCAAACAUAUGCAUAGUGCAAAUGGUUAACUGUGCAUAUAGUUUAACAACAUGGUCAGUGGACCCAUUGACUGCAUUAAUUAAUAACUGUAAUGCUGAAUAUAAAAGUGACUUUGGUACAGUCCAUCUGCUGUAAAUACUUGCAGCUUAGCUGCAUUUAGGCUAAUUAUCCUAUUUCUGGUUUUGUGUAGAGGGUCCUAUAGUUGCCGGUUCAGAUUGCUUCCCAGUCAGUAUUUUCUGCAUGAGAUAUAUUACUGUAGCUGCAGAAUAAUGUUCUGCCUGAUUGUUGUGUUUUAUGGGGCUUCUGGCAGCUCUGUAUCAGAUGUGAGUUUUGUGUUUUACAUUAUAUUCAGUGUUAUGCUAAAAUUUUAGCAGAUGUGCAGCUAUUUAAUUUAGUCAAAUGAUCAUAUAAUAAGCUUUUAAUAGAGAAUCAAGAUAGCAGCUUCUCUAUUGAACCCUUGACAUUUUGAAAAUCCAAUAAUAGCAGAGAAGUGAGAUCCAUUUCCACUUUUGCAGUUUUAAUUGUUCUCAUCAGAUGCCAUUGUGCAUUAUUUUACUGUAAUCUACAAUAUCAAUACAAAGUAGUGUACACCCCAGCGGUAUGAAGUAGUAUACACCCCAGUGGUAUGAACAUUGACUUCUCUAAUUUUAGAUAUCCCUUGCUUUCUCCAUCCUUCCCCUCCCCUUUCU